AUGAAUACUGGUAAUAUACAACCAGUUUAUGGUGGCCAAUAUCAACCCAAUUCAAGUGCAAACAAUGGUUACAAUUUUGGCGCGAAUUCAACGGGUCAACCAAACCUAACACAUACAUCGAGUGCACAGACUGGAUGGCCAUAUACUGAACCCCUAACGCCAAGUUACGGGACAUCCACUUCAGUCCACUUGAUUGAAAGUACUUCCAGUCCUUUGAUUACCAAUAGUAUUAAUACGGAUAAUAAUAUAGAAUACCCUGUUUUUCAAGACUUAGUUGAUCUCGAGUUGCCAACUAAUGAAGGAACAGUAGGUCAGGGACUGGAAUAUAUGUAUACAAACGAAGCUCUUCCUCAACAACAACCCCAACCAUCAGCUAAUACUUCAACGGCAGUCGAGUCCUAUGAGACACCACUUGUAUUACAAACCAAUGCAACCAAUAAUAUACUACGGAAUCAAACGAACAACUCAGCCGAUAAUAUUGUCUACGAUAUGAUUCACACGUUAAUUAAUAAAAUUAACCUUGGUUUGAUUACCACUACUAACGGAGAUGAAUUAUUAGAUAAAAUAAAAAAAAUUCUAAAAUAUGAGAAUAAAGGCCAACAAAUGAUCAAAGAGAUUGCGGACGAGUUGAUGCAAAAGGGUCCAGAUGAGCUCAAACAGUUGUUGGCCAGGGCUGGACUGCAACAGGAAUCGGAGGCUGUGGUCGAGAUGUUCAUAACGAGGGAGCCCUGGAAGUGCACCACUGAUGUCGAGUUAAAAGUGAUAAAAGAACCCGAACUGCGAUCAGGAAAUUCGCGAUACUUUCAAAUGAAUUCCCAUCCGAGGGGUCGGGCCAUCAUAUUUGCGGCCACAGAUGGCUUGGACAUCGAGAUAAAGCGAUGGAAAUCCAUUUUCGCUCAGUUAGACUUCAAGUGUGAGGUAUAUGCGGACUCCACGUGCUCUGAGAUUAAGGAUAAGCUGUUGGGGGUGUCGUGUCAGCGGUUCGUCGCCGACGCUCUGUUUGUGAUGGUUAUCGGCGGCGGAUUUGAUCAGAAGAUCUACGGUUAUGGCAAUCGUGAAGUCGAUAAUGAGAUGUCGUUCACAGACAUUGUGAACAUAUUCUCCGCUAAUAAUGAUAAGAGUGAUGCGUCUCUUAGGAUGAAACCGAAAAUAUUUGUUUUCAACACUUUCUCUAUUGGUGAGAAUUAUGUGGCGAAAGGCAGUGGUGUCUACACGUGUGAAGCCCAUAGACAGUGGUUCGCAAGGAAUGCCAAAUUACAGGAAUACAAUACACAAGACGUGCCACAAAACAGCGCCAAAUGUGCCAAACGAUCGCGAAGUAACACCACUCAAGGGACUGGGUUUGUGCCAAAUCAGGGCACUAAUUACAACGUUGUCCCUGGUCAUCACCCGGGUCCUCAUUCAACAAAUACAGUCGCUACCCAACAAACUAAUCAAAGCAAUACAUACCCGGCUCAGGCAUACACACAGCAAUUCAAUCCAUACAAUCAGGAAAUAAAUGCGAAUACAAUGCAGACCUCGACAUCACCACAACUUCACAUCACUUCGAUGACAGUUGUGGCUAACAGUGGUAAUCAAAGCCUGAAUGGACUGCAAACAAACAAUACGAUAACCACUCCAACAAACAGUUCAUUAGAUAAUAGGAUCGAAGACAUGAUUUUCACAUUUGUUAAUAAGAUUGACCUUGGUCAGAUGAGCACUACAGGGGAUCCAUUAUUAGAUGAAAUGAAAAAAAUCCAACAAAACGAGCAUGAAAAUAAGUGCCGUAUUCAGCAUAUUAGGAGAGUGCUGAAUGAUCCAGGUCGAUUGAAACAGUUCCUGGAUAACACGGGCUCUCACCAGUUGGCUAAUGAACUAGUGGAAAUGUUCAAAAUGGACUACCCCUGGCCAUAUCGACCAUAUACUGACCUACCUGUAUUAUCAGUGGUACGGGCAUCAGAAUUGAGAUCAGGGAACACCCGCUAUUUUUUCAUGGAUUCCAGUCCCAGGGGUCGGGCCAUUGUGUUUAUUUGUGCCGAUGGACUGGACAGGGAGGCGGACAGAUGGGAGUCCAUUUUGGGACAGUUAGGCUUCGAGCAGGACGUCUACAGAAAAGCCAAGUGCUCGCAGAUAAGGGAUGUGCUGUUGGGAGUGUCGACUCAGCCCUUCGACGCCGACGCCCUGUUUGUGAUGUUUAUCGGCGGCCGAUAUGACGAGAAAAUUCACGGAUACGGAGGCAAUGAGAUGUGGAUCACAGAUAUUGUGGACAUAUUUUCCGACACUAAUUGUGUGUCUCUGCGAAACAAACCGAAAAUAUUUGUUUUCAACACUUUCUCUAUUGAUAUGAAUUCGUGGUUUAAUCCCACAGAAAGUAUUACACUAUUUGGACAGGCAUUCAGUUAUACGAUCGCACAGCUACAAAAGUGUUUGGACACCGGAAUGACACCCCCAAACCAACAGAACGGCAGUCAAAAGUCAACUACUUUAGCACCGAAUGAUGACUUAGAAAAUAGCCAAGCUCAAACACACCCACAACCCCCUAUCGCAAACAGUGGUGACACGACUCCCAAUCAAGCAAACAUAGUGUAUAUGUUACAGUUAGUGCCAACCAUCCAAGUGCUAAACCAAGAUGCCGGUCCCUUCACUUCAUACCCUUCCCAUCCAAACACAAUCUCACAAACUCCUAAUCAACACUUCAUUCAACAACCACUGCAACCAAUAGAUCCCAAUUCAAUGAUUCUCUUGCAGGCUGUAGUGGCAGAAACCCCAAUAGAAGGACCUGAUGUCGUGCCCUCUCAGCUCUCCACUACUAGUGAAGAGCUUCCCGAUGAAGAAAUAAAUGUCUCAGAAUCGCCUAUUAUUUCACCUGGAUUACUCACAUUUAUCCAAGAGUCUGAUAAUGACAUUAAAAACGGUGAUAAUGACACACUGCAAGACAAUGACAUGGAUAUGCUCACAAAAUCUGACCAAAUGGAUGUGGACACUAAUUGGGAAAUGGAUGCAAACGUUCGGGAAAAUGGUGUCAUAAAUGAGAGCCUGAUAUUUGGGACCAAAACACAACUCAAACGCAAACUACAGGAUAUGCCACAAAACACUGGCACUCACACCAAACGUAUGGCGAUUGAGUAUCAAUCAUACGAUCGGUCAAAUAGAAAGGAUGGCAGUGUUAACCAUGGUGCUCAGUUGAAAACAACCAUCACCAAGAACCGAAUGCUCAUUGAGAUGUUUGGCCAGGGAAUAGAUAAUGUACACCCAAAUCAAGACUUCCCUCAACAACCAAUGCAACCAUUAGAUCAUAAUUGUAUGGCAAUCGGGCCCUACAACAGAUCACUUGCCUUGAUUCCAGUCCUUACCUUUGGAAGUACUUUAAGUCCUUUGGUUCCCGAAAAUAUUAAUUCCGAAACGAAUCGAGUAUUUCCUGACAUUCAACACAUCCAAUCCAUUGAGACCGGACUACAAGAGGAAAGGCAGGGAAUAGAGAAUAUAACUGCAAACCAACAAGUACCCGGACAAUCAUCACAACCAUCGACAUCGCCCUAUGGGCCGGACAUUGAAUUAAAAGUAAUAAACGCACGGACGCUGAGAUCAGCGAUGCUGAAUUCGCGAUACUUUAAGAUGGACUCCCGGCCCAGAGACAUAGGGAUAGUGCAGGAAAUCGGCGGUUAUCUCAAAACCUUCGUAACAUAA